AUGGGGAGCACCGAGCACAGCGCGCGGCGAGAGAUAUCCAUUCUGCGAACCACAAGACACCUCAACAUCGUGCGUCUGUUUGAGGCGAUAGAUGAUACCCGACACGACAAGAUAUACCUAGUGAUGGAAAAUGUUGCCGGCGGCCCCAUACAAUGGCAGACAUGCGAUGAAAAUCCCCGGCCGACGUUGACGCUAGCGCAGACGCGACGAAUAAUGCGUGACGUUUGCUGCGGACUGGACUAUCCAUGGCAUGUACAGGUGCUCAUGAAAACAGGUAUCAUUCACCGCGACAUCAAGCCCUCCAACAUUGUGUGGUCCGACAACCGUACCAUCGCCAAGAUAGUUGACUUCGGCGACGACGUCACCAUUUUGAACGACCCCGCCCUCUUCCCCCCUCACGACCUCGACCGCCUCAUCGGCACGCCCAAAUUCAUUGCGCCCGAAAUCAUCGCCCGCACCGGCCUCGCCACAAACGACUCCUCCUGCACAUUAACUGACGACGACGGCGACCCAAAGGCCUCUACCAGCGACCAGCCGCUGCGUGUCGGCAAAGCUGUGGACGUGUGGGCGCUCGGGGUCACCUUUUUCUGCUUGCUCUUCGGCCAUACGCCUUUCAAUGUGCCGCAUUCGGAGAUGCAGCACGCGCAGCGGAACCAAUUCGUAUUGUACCAACAAAUUCGGGAAGUGGACUGGAUGCCGGCGCAGACCAUGGGCGUGGAGAGUAUUCCCACGGGAGGGAGGCAUCCGACGGACAAGGGCAGCGAGGGCUAUGCGGCGAUGGAUCUCCUCGACAAUCUUUUACAGAAGGACCCGCGCGACCGACUGUCGCUGGAAGAGCUGAGGCGACACCCAUAUCUCCUCCAGGAUAUCCAAGAUCCUCAGGCCUGGCUGCGCGCGACGUCGUCCGCGCCUUUGCCACACGUGCCACCACAAGCACCGCACGGUGGCAAUAGAUGGGUCAAGCGCGUCAGCAAGAACAUUGCCUCCCUCUUGCACGUCGCCAGAUGA